UACAUUGUUUACCACGAUAAAAAGCCACUCCUUUUCGUGCUUCUUUGUCUCUCUUUUAUCUUUCUCUCUCCGUUUCCCUCUGAGAGCUGAAGAACAGAGAAAAGAAAAAAAAGGCCGAGCAAAGCCAAACCUCUAAACUUUCCCCUUCUCACCGAGAGAGAAAGAUUAAAGCAAGAAAAGAAAAGAAAAGAAAAUACUUCGUUUUUCUUUUAAUAUAUUUCUUCUUGUUUUAAUUAAUUUUGUUGGGUUCAUUUCUCUUUUGGCAUUUCCUUUUAGCAUGUAGAUGCUCUUUGGUAGCCCUAACUCGCCACUUCGACUCAAUUCAAACUCACUUCCAGCACUAUCUUUUCGAUUUACUCAUGGCUAAUAACCCAAACGAGGCCCCCGCCGAUGACUUCCUUGAGCAAAUCCUCGGACUCCCUAACUUCGCGCCUUCUGAGACGGGCUUAGCGGGACCCGACGGUGGAUUGGCUGGAACCGCUGCUGGAGCUGGAACGCCAAUGAUUCUGCAGCUGAGCUCCGGUGAUGGGACCGGACAUCUCGGCACAAUCGGCGGCGGGGGAAGCGGUGCAUUUCACGGACAGGUUUUUCCGUUGGGGUUGAGCUUGGACGAAGGUAAAGGCGGGUUUAUGAAGCCCGAGGAAGCUUCCGGUAGCGGCAAGCGCUUUCGCGACGAGGUCGUCGACGGCAGAGCUUCGUCUGUAAAAAAUGUUUUCCAUGGCCAACCUAUGCCAGCAACUGUUGCUGCAGCACCACAUCCACCAGCAAUGCGUCCAAGGGUGCGGGCUAGACGAGGACAGGCCACAGAUCCACAUAGCAUUGCUGAACGGUUGCGCAGGGAGAGAAUUGCUGAAAGAAUCAGAGCAUUACAGGAACUUGUUCCUAGUGUUAACAAGACUGAUAGAGCAGCCAUGCUUGAUGAAAUUGUAGAUUAUGUGAAGUUCCUGAGGCUCCAAGUUAAGGUUUUGAGCAUGAGUAGGUUGGGCGGGGCUGGUGCAGUGGCACCACUUGUAACGGACAUCCCACUAUCAUCAGUUGAGGAUGAAAGUGGUGAGGGUGGAAGAAGCCAACCAGCAUGGGAGAAAUGGUCAAAUGAUGGCACGGAGCGACGUGUAGCUAAACUCAUGGAAGAAAAUGUUGGAGCUGCCAUGCAAUUCCUUCAAUCAAAGGCUCUUUGCAUCAUGCCCAUCUCACUGGCCACGGCAAUUUACCACACGCAACCACCGGAUACCUCCUCUAUUGUUAAGCCAGAAACAAAUCAUCCUGCAUAGGCCUGAAGAAGAAAAAAGGAAAAAAAAAGGGUAUGCAUCCCUCAGUCCAUCCUGGGUCCCGCACUUUAUUUGUCCUCUUCUAACCCUCCACGAAAAUAAGUGGUUUGCUGUCUUCAAAUUGCAAUCAAAGUCAGAUACCAUAGCUCUUAUUUUUUGGCGUUUCUUUCCAGCUUUUUUUCAAACAGGGUUUGAUGUCAAUGCCUAAAAAAAACAGGCAGGCCCUUGAUGUAUUGACAAGUUCAAAGUAAAGUUAACGAAUUGUCAAAGCUCACUCGAUAUGCUCUUCCUUUUUGUGUCAAUGGUGGGGGUAGUGGACGAUGAUGGAAGCACUUUUGUAGUGGGGCGCUGCUUUUUGGUCAGUGGGUCGUGGGACCUACAAAAUGAAAUGAUGAGUAUAUAACUAUUAUAUUUAUUAUUAUAAUUGUAACAGUUAAUUUUCAGAGGAAAAAUGGUUGGGUAGUCUUCUAAAA